AAGCCACACGUUGUUUGCUGAAGGGGGUUGGGGUGCAAGGAAGGCAGUAGCUGAUUUCCAUCGUGAUCUCUCUGUUCAGGCCCCAGAACGCUCAGGAACAACUAGACUCUGGUAACAGCUGCAAACGUGAUGGAGAUCUUGUCCCUCUCUCGGAUGGACUUCAGUGGGGCCUUCAGCCUUCUCCUGGCCAUGGCCAUCUCCUGCCUCCUCUUCCUCCACUUCUCCUCAAGAAAGAAGUUCAGCAGCCUGCCGCCGGGGCCUCCCCCAAUCCCUUUCGUUGGCAACAUGCUCCAGGUGGAGGUGAAAGAGCUGAUCAGGUCCUUGAGAGAACUCAGCAAGACGUACGGCCCCAUGUACACCUUCUACCUGGGCUCUCGGCCCUGUGUGGUCCUCUCUGGCUACCAGGUGCUCAAGGAGGCCUUGAUCGACAAGGCAGAAGAGUUCAGUGGGCGAGGCGACUUCCCUGCUGUCCAGAUGUGGAGCAAAGGAAAUGGGAUCGUGUACGGCACCGGGGAGCGCUGGAAGCAACUGCGCAGGUUCGCCAUCACCACAUUCAAGAACUUUGGGAUGGGGAAGAGAUCCAUCGAGGAGCGGAUCAAGGAGGAGGCCCAGUUCCUGGUGGCUGAGUUCCACAAAACCCAAGGAAAGCCCUUUGACCCCACCUUUUACCUGAGCUGCGCUGGAUCCAACAUUAUCUGCACCCUCGUUUUUGGUGACCGUUUUGAAUACACAGACAAGAAAUUCCUCCUGUUGCUUGAUCUCAUCAACAGCAACUGGAAGCUCAUGAGCUCCACCUGGGGACAGCUGCUCUUCACCUUCCCAAAGAUCAUGAGACACAUUCCCGGGCCUCACCGGCAGAUCUACAAAAAUUACCUGAAGCUGGCAGAGUUUGUGGGUGAGCGGCUGGAGUCAAACAGGCAGACCCUGGACCCCAACUCCCCACGGGAUUUCAUUGACUGCUUCCUCAUCAAAAUCCAGCAGGAGAAGAACAACCCCAACACACACUUCAAUGAGGACACCAUGUCAAAGACCACAGUGAACCUCUUCUUUGCCGGGACAGAGACCGUCAGCUCCUCCCUGAGAUACGGGCUCCGAAUCCUCAUGAGGCACCCUGAGGUGGAAGAGAAACUCCACGAGGAGAUAGACCGAGUCAUCGGGGUGAACCGCAGCCCUUGCAUGGAAGAUCGGAGCCGGAUGCCCUACACGGACGCUGUCAUCCACGAAAUCCAGCGCUAUGCCGACAUUGUGCCCAUGGGAGUGCCCCACACGGUGACACGGGAAAUUGAAUUCCGUGGCUACACCCUGCCCAAGGAUCUCAACAUCAUCCCCCUCCUCUGCACAUCUCAGUUUGACCCGAUGCAGUUCAAGAACCCAAACUCCUUUGACCCGACCCAUUUCCUGGAUGAGAGCGGGCGCUUCAAGAAGAACGACGCCUUCAUGGCUUUCUCUGCAGGCAAGCGAGUGUGUUUGGGCGAAGGCCUGGCGAUCAUGGAACUCUUCAUCUUCCUCACCACCAUCUUGCAGAACUUCAAACUGAAACCCUUGAUGGACCCCAAGGACAUUGAUAUCACCCCAGAGUCGACUGGGCUGGGAAGCAUCCCUCGCCCUUAUCAGUUCUGCCUCCUCCCCCGAUAAAGCCCCCCAGAUGGGCCAGCCUGCUUGACACCCCCCCCCCCCGCCCACGGAUCCCACGGAGCCUGAGACAAGAGGUUGCUCCACCUCAGCCCUGAAUUGCUUCUCCUUCCCAGGCUUGACAAUUCAUGCCGUGCCCCUCGAACCCCUCUGGGUUGCAGCGGUCUGUGUUCCACAGGAAUGUCCUCUCUCUUAUCUGACGCUGAUGCUGAUGCUGAUGCUGGGCUGAUGCUGGGCUUUCCAACAGCAAGGCUCCCAGAUGGCCCUUUGGGGAUUUCAGCAUUGAGGCCAAGGAGCUGCCUGAUCUAUCCAGCCCUUCUCUCCUUGACCUCUUUUUCUGCUUCUCUUCCUUCCUUCCUUCCUUCCUUCCUUCCUUCCUUCCUUCCUUCCUGUGGACUGACUCCCACACUCACGGCUGCCGUUGCCUCUCUCCUGCUCCCUCUUCUGCCUCCACACUGGGCCUCUCCAACUGGCCCAUGCCCUUUGCAUCCCAUCCUGAAAUGGCCGGCCUGUAAACUCACCCUCAGAGCUCUCCGUGGCCUGACUGACCCACCCCCUGUCGCUCAGCCCUGCUUUCCUGCUACUCCCCUAAGUGUGACCUCCUCUCUUCCAGCUCUGCCACCUUCAGCACAGGGCCACUUGCUCCGCCCAUUCUCCCUUGCUGCCCCCUAUGUGUGGACCUCUCUCCCUGGACAUAUCCUGGAUGCUGCCACCACCCCUCCAAUUCCCUCCUCAAAGACACUGUUUCUGCAUAGUUCUUGUCUUAUUCCCAUCAACCACAUUCCAGUCUGUAACCAGGUUUUGAGGACACACAAAGGCAUUGGGUGACCUCCCUUCUCCCUUCUCCCUCCUCCUCCUCCUCCUCCUCCUCCUCCUCCCUGUCUGCUUGGGAUGGAACCAACAAAAUGGCAGCUUUACCGCAUCAAUACACAGUUUACUACAGCUCAGAGAUUCUAACAGCAAACCCUAAAAUAAAUACAGAACACGGCCACGUGCCAGGACCAUCGGUGAGGUGCAAUAACAGCGGAGCACAUCAGCCGUGCAGCUGGGCCCCAGGUAGGAGUGAUGAGCCUGGUUUCCUUUAAUGGACUUGACAUCGACGCGACCCUCCCAGGACAGGACCUGCAGUCGUGCUGGGACAGCAGAUGGUGCACAGAUACAUCUCAGCUGCUUCUGCACCACAAUUUUAUCCUUUCUCUAGAAACUUAGCAGCAGGUAAAGGAGUGUACAAAAGAAUUAGCUAUCAUCUUUGCUGAAAAUUUCCUUUCCAUCUCCUCACUACUGAAAUGACAUGUCAAGGUGGAUGGAUGGAUGUUGGAACCUGUCUGCCUGUUUGCCUUUCUUAGCACACAUCAGCAAGCAUCACCAUCUGACUGCCGGAGCAAUGAGCACCCCUUGCCAAAGCCUUGAGCAACACGUACCCUGCUCACACUUCUGUUGCACUCGCACAAUCGAGUCACUGCUGAAGAAAUCCACGCACCGAUAUUUGCAAGAACAAACUCGGUCCACCCCCUUGAAUGAAGGAGCGUUCCAUUAGUAAAUGUUUAGAGUCAGGGUGGUGUAGUGGCUAAAGUGUUGGACUGGGAGUCGGGAGAUCCGGGGUCUAGUCCCCCACUCAGCCAUGGAAACCCACUGGGCGACUUUGGGCCAGUCACAGACUCAGCCCAGCCUACCUCACAAGGUUGUUUUUGUGAGGAUAAAAUGGAGAGGAGGAGGAGGAGGAGGAGGGUUAUGUAUGCCGCCUUGAGUUUCUUGGAGGAAAAAAGGUGGGAUAUAAAUGCAAUAACAGAUAAAAUAAUAAAAAUAAAUAAACUUCUUCACACCUUAUUUUCUCAAGGAAUGUGGAGGAGGAGGGAGUUGCUGGGGAAACUUGUAAAUAUAGAGGAUGCUGAUGGUCUUCUGGGCACAGUGGAAAUCUACUGCCAAGUCUGUGGGUGAGGAUGAUGGGGCCCAAAGCAACGGGAAGCAUUUU